AUGUCCAAAGCAACCAGAAUCCCCAUCCGCACCCAAAAGGCCCCUCUCCCACCGCCAUUCCUCUCCCAGGGCAUCGUCGUCGGCGACAUGGUCUACUGCUCUGGGCAGGUGGGCGUAAACCCUGCUACAGGCAAGAUGGUUGAGGGAUCAAUUCAAGCAAGAACGAAACAAAUCCUCAACAACCUGAGUGCCGUCCUUGAAGCAGGCGGCUCUAGUCUCCAGGAUGCCGUGAAAGUCAACAUAUUCCUGGCUGAUAUGAAUGACUUUGCCGCUGUCAAUGAAGUCUAUAGUUCCUUUUUCGCGGAUCCGAAACCGGCUCGUACAUGCGUUGCGGUCAAGACAUUGCCAAUGGGGACUGAUGUGGAGAUUGAGUGUGCUGGGGUGGUGAGCAGUGUGCCAAGUCGAGGGUCUCGUCUGUGA